AUGCAUCACACGAUAAGCAAUCGCUUUUUACAUCCCGCCCUAAUCAAUGCCGACAACAUCUCCGUCGAAGUCAUUGUCGGUCUCACGGCCGAAGUAACCAACUACGGAACGGCCAAUUUACUCAUUUACUCCAUAAUCUCAAUCCACCGAUUCACCUACACGACCGGCAACACCGCCACCGACGGCGCCAUGAUCACCAAAGCCAUGCACUUGCUGUACACGGGUCGCCUCUGGAGUUUGUGCCUCGUCUCAAGCGACAGUGACUUCAUACGCCUGACCGCGCGGACCCGCGGGCAAGGUGUGACCCCCGGAAGCUACCGUCAUCACUAUCUCCACCCUUGCCGACUCGGCUUCGUGUCGAGCCAGCUAAACCAUCCCUCGAUCAGAAGGCCAUCGAUGGAACUCGAAAGGCCAUCUGAAAAAAGCAACACGUACGGGGAUGAUUGGGUAAACCUGGCGGACGUUGGAAGUUCGCUGGGAAUGCUCUCGCCCGUCUUGUUUGAAUGCCCGCGAUUACGGCCACCUGAAGAUGCGGGAGUUUCCCGCAAUUGUGGCUAUUUGAAGACGCGGGAGUUUGUUGAAGCGUCUGGGCUCGUCGAGGGUAAGUGGAAGCCAAUGGGCGAUUAUCCUCCGGUCGAUAUGGUUCUUGUCAAGUUACAGCAGGAAUGA